AUGCGAAACUGUUCUGUCAGAUACCACAACCUAUACAGGCUACUGAUCCGACAUUACAAACGAGAGUGCAAGAAUCUUGAAGAAGUUGUCACAAGGAUACUUGGUCCAAAGCUUGAAAAGAACAUUUUGGCCCAAUUGAUGCCGAAGCACACAAGCACACCAACUUAUUAUCAAUUGGUCAAGACCCAUAAUGCAUUCAACAACAAACCACGACUAGUAUACCAAAGCUUCGAUGUUGUUGCUCUAUACACAAACGUUGAUACGCAAAGAGCUGUGGAGUCUUGCAUUCGUCUUUUACGCAUACAUCAUCAAGAACUUCAGCUUUUUAACCUCAGUAUCAACGACAUUGAAGAGCUCCUACGGACAGUGGUGGUGAUAUUCCGUUUCCGGAAUCGAUUUUAUAAGCAGAAACGAGGACUCGCUAUGGGAAGCAGACUGGCUCCGUUGCUCGCGAUUGUGUUCAUGGAUAGCCUUGAACGACAAGCUCUGUCAUCAGGAAUAUUAUAUUUUGGACGAUACAUCGAUGACAUCUUUAUCGUCGGCAAAACAAGAGCUGCUUUGCGAGAGACGUUUUCUAAGUUGAAUUCAGCGCACGAGUCGAUACAACUGACAUCGGAAGAACCUUCGCCAGACGGAUUUCUACCAUUUUUAAACUCGAAAGUCAGGAAUCGUGGACGGUCA